ACAGAGUUAGAUAUGGAGUCAUGGGUGGGGUGGUUGCUUCUUCUAUCUUUCCAUAUGUUGUUCUUUCACUUCUCAUUCUCUCAUUCCUUAUGUCAUCCUCACGAUAAACUUGUCUUGCUCCAAUUCAAAACCUCUAAUACUUUUUCUUUUGAGUCAGUAAAGACCUCUCCCUCUUAUACUGUUGCCACUGAUGCUUUUUUUCCUUAUGCUGAAUGCAGUGAUAGCUACUAUUGUGGUAAUGUUGAUCUAAAGACAGUAACAUGGGAAAAUGGAACAGAUUGUUGUUCAUGGGCUGGGGUUACUUGCCAUCCCAUUUCUGGUCGUGUCAUAGGCCUCAAUGUCUCAUGCAGUGCCCUUUAUGGUGAAAUUUCUUCUCAUAUCUCACAACUUUCCAAAUUAGAAUCACUUGAUCUCUCUCAUAAUACGGGGUUAACGUGGAAAGAAAGCAGUUGGAAGAAUUUUCUCCAAAACGCAACAUUUUUAAAGGAGCUUAUUUUGGAUGAUGUAGAUAUGACUCAAAGUUCAAUGAGGCCUCUCAAUCAGUCUACCUCUUUAGUAAGUCUUAGUCUGAGUAACACUGGAGUACGAGGAAACUUGAAAAAUGGCAUCUUAUGCUUACCAAAACUUCAACAAUUGCACUUGUCAUAUAUUCGUCACAGUCUCAAUGGCCACCAUCUUCCCAGUUUGAGUUGCAGUGCUGCUUCUCUCUCUAUAUUGGAUCUUUCAUAUAAUUAUUUUGAGGGGUCAAUCCCUGUCUUUUUCUCCAACCUCACACAUCUUACUUUCCUUGAUCUCUCACAUAACAUCUAUCUCAACGGUUCAAUUCCCUCCUCCCUCUUAUCCCUUACGAGUCUAACUUUUCUGGAUCUUGGAUUCAAUCAAUUCAGUGGCCAAAUCCCAAAUGUCUUUCUUCAGUCAAAUAGUUUUGAAAAACUAGAUUUGAGUCAUAACAAUGUAGAAGGUGAGCUACCAUCAACACUUUUAAAUCUUCAACACCUCAUUCUCUUGGAUCUUUCAAUGAAUAAAUUGAGUGGUAGAAUUCCAUUGUCAAUUCUAAAUCUUCAAUAUCUCGUUUUCUUAGAUCUUUCACAUAAUAGAUUGGAGGGUCCUCUGCCUAACAAAAUAACAAGACUAUGUGGGUUUCCAUUGUCAAAGAACUGCAACAACACUGAACAACAAUCUCCAUCUUCUCCGAGCUUCUGGCGAGAAGAGAAAUUUGAAUUUGGAUGGGAAACAGUUGUUAUAGGAUAUGGAUGUGGAGUAAUAUUUGGAAUUGGCCUUGGAAUUUUUGUAUUGUUCAUUGGAAAGCCUGAAUGGCUUGUGAAAAUGGUCGGAGGUGGUCUCCAUAAAAAGUUGAGAAGAAGGUGA